AUUCAGUUGGUAAACUUAAGUUGUGCGGUUCGGACGUGAUCUCUUGAUUUGUCGGCUAGUUGUAUACAAAAAAAAACACAAACCGGUUACCAUGGGUUUUCUAUUAUUCGCUCUCAUCUUGUACAUUAUCUGGGAUGUUAAUUAUUUCCUACGUUGCGUUUUCACCGUCUUUGCGGGCCGCCUGUUCCAAAGUAAGCGGAAAGUUACCGAUACAACAACAAUAUAUGGCCUCUGCACCUCCCAGGAUGUGGACAUUUUCAUCAAGCACAUGAACAAUGCCCGCUAUUUGCGCGAGCUGGACUUUGCCCGUUUCCAUUUCUAUGCCCUGACCGGUAUCUAUGAAAAGAUCCGUGAACGUCGUGGUGGUGCCGUGCAGGGUGCCUCCAGUGUCCGUUAUCGUCGCACCAUUCCCAUCUUCCAUCCAUACAAAAUUCAAACCAAACUGAUUUGGUGGGACGAUAAGGCCAUCUAUUUGGAACAGCAAUUUGUUACCUUGACCGAUGGUUUCGUUCGUGCCGUCGCCAUGUCCAAACAAUGCAUUACCAACUGUAAUGUCAUGGAGAUUAUGAAGACAUACCCCGAGGCCGGUAAACGUCCCGAAAUGCCAGGGGAGUUGAAAUUGUGGUUAGAUGCCAUUGAGGUAUCCAGCCAAAAAUUGCGUAAAGAUAAAUGAGACUGUGCAGUAUCUGUACAAAUUAAGUUAGGUUAGUGAUAAUUUACUGUAAUAUAUUUUGUAUAAACAUUGUCGGGAUAACUCUUUUUUGUACUUACAGUUUUGUAAAUAAAUAUUUGAUGAAAAUAUGUA